CCCCCUCCAUUAUUAUUUUCCAUUCUUCUUCUCCUCUGGUGAGUGAAGGGCUCUGUUCCUUUUGCGUACGCUUUGGUCCUCUCCGCUCUCCUCUGCUCUCCUCUCCUCCUAACCUCACCCCAAUUGCUUUUUCCGUUCUGUGAGUUCUUCCGUGAAAGGGGAAUCUUUCAUUUCUACACUGUCUGUUUCGACGAUGGCCCCAGAGCUCUAAAAGAUCCCUGCUUUACACCAAAGGUUAGAGCUCGGAGGAUCCCACUAAGCUGCCCAAUAAUCAAAACAAAAGCCUACCCAUCAAAAUCAUUCCACCCUUUUUCCCUUCCCCCUCCUCGUUUAAUUUAUUUGCCUCUUGUGGGGGACUGUCUGUGUCCCAUCAUUCAUUAUUCGGGGAAAUCUUCUCUUUUGCCUUUUCGGGGUUUAUAUACGGAUAGGAUUUAACUCCCUCUUCUGUUGGGUUUAAAGAGGUCUGAGGUCCUCACAGUGCCUGUCUGUCCUGUUCCUGUUCCUGUUCCUGGCCUGUCCUCUCCCUCCCUCCCUCCCCUGCAUCUGCUUCUGUUGCUGGUUUGAGGAUGCGGGCUUUCUCGGGUUCUAGCUUUGGCUGAAGACUCGAACAGGAGAAACACUUUGAUACCAUCCUUCAUCUGGGUUGCUAAGCUUUUUCGGGCAGCUCUUCGUGCUUGAUCGAUUGCAUAUUUGCUAUGGCUGGGGAUUCUAGAAACGGGGAGGCUGGCGCCAAUUUUUUCGGUUUCAUGCAAGGAAACAGCAGAGAUUGGCUUAUGGGAAGUGAUGGAAGUUCCAGAAACGUAACUGCUUGUUCACCUGAGGAGCGAAAGCUUGAGCUGAGGCUCGGUCCACCCGGUGGUGAAGAGUUCUGGUCCACUAAGGAACAUGAGAAGAAAAUUAGCAGCCGAGGUAGAGAUGAGGCUCUUGCCUCCUCUUCCUACUUCUCUCAUAUGGUUCCGGCGCAGACCAGCAAUAAUAGCUUGAACAACAUGAACACUGGUCAGAAGUUCUCCACUGCUUCUACUGCAAAAGCAUCUGCUCCCAAUGUCUCUCAAAAAAGAACCGCUCCUGCUCCGGUUGUCGGUUGGCCUCCGAUCCGAUCGUCCAGGAAGAAUCUUUCCAGCUCCAGCACCAGCAACUUGAAGCCGCCUCCUAAAUCCCAAGAUGUGGUCUCAAACAAAAUCUCUGGGGAAAAACCUGCUGAGAGUACCGGGAAGGGCUUGUUUGUGAAGAUCAAUAUGGAAGGUGUCCCCAUUGGAAGAAAAGUAGACCUGAAAGCCUGCAACAGCUACGAGAAACUCGCCUCUGCUGUCGAUGAACUCUUCAGAGGUCUUCUUGCUGCUCAAAGGCAUACAUCUCAUUCUGGAAAAGAGACCAAACAAGAGGAAGAGAAGCCGAUAUCGGGCGUGUUGGAUGGGACAGGGGAAUACACCCUUGUUUACGAGGAUAACGAAGGAGACAGGAUUCUCGUCGGAGAUGUCCCAUGGGACAUGUUUGUAACCACCGUGAAGAGACUGCGUGUAUUGAAGAGUUCAGAACUUUCUGCUGCAAACCUUGGGGGAAACAAGCAAGAGAAGAGAUCACUCGAGUCUGGCCCCUCCUCGAGGUGAAGAGAUGGGAGACCCGAAUCCGUGGCGACAGCACCUUAGUGGAGAAGAGACCAGACCAGUCGGCCGAGUUGACUCGUGACUGUCCAAUAUUGCUAAAGUAAAAGCUAAUGUUGAGAUGAUGAAUAUAUUCUUGUUGGCUUCUAUAAGAUAGGGAAUGGCUAGACAUGGGUUUUGAUGCUCAUGUCCUUGUAUUGUUUUUUUUUUUUUUUUUUUUUUUUUACGCGGGAA